AUGUUCGCCACUUACUACUCCCACUCUAUGCUGCCCGUCAACGACCCGCCCGCUGAGGCGUUGUUCUCCGGCUACGCCACACCCGACGGAGUGCACAACGAACGUCUGUCGAUCAAGAUACCAUCGAGGCAAACACUAGUGCAAGCGCGCCCGAAGAUCGGAUUGCGUAGGUCCACGUUUACGCCUUCGCCCGAGCAGACGAUGGAGGACAUGCCGGCGCAGCGCGUUGAGCCGGAGAGCCCGCCUCCUGCGCCGACAGCCAGUGCACCCGCGUCGCCAAAUCGUGUAUAUGGCCGCCCUCGUCGUCCGGGGGCGUCUCCCCGUCAGGGCCGACGGUCGGGUCCAGGUUCCCCAAGUGCUAAGUCUGGUUCAUCGAUGGUGAAGCGUGUGGAAGUGUUCGAGAGCAUAACAUGUAUGCCGCAGCUCGUUGCAACGAGCUUUGAGGAACUCCGUCUGGAAUGCUAUCGACUCGGUUUUGUUACGACCGGGCAUGCACCGAUGCCUGUGACGCCCGAGUCGGCGCAAUGGGACACUAUCCCGCCGUUCUACUCCCCGUUCUCGCAAGAGGCCUUGGACUCUGGUUUCGUACCAGAGCAAACAGAUGUCACGAUGACUGAUGAGUCAACUGGUCCGUGGACAUUCACUUUCGGUGUGCCAGACACUAGCUCAGAAAUCGGUGCGAACAUGGAGUUCUAG